AUCUAAUAUCCUUUGCAGGGUGUUGACGAUGAACGAGCGAGGGACAUUGUCGUUCUGUUGAAUGACUGCGAACGACUGGUUGUCGGCUACUUCCCUGCCAUCAGCAGCUCGGCACUACAACUAUACUACUCGAUUCUAUCAUUCACCCCGACGAAGACCGUGCUUGCACGGACGUAUGCACACGAGUGUUUUUCCGAGAGCUCUGUCAGAGUUUUUGGCAGUGUCCCAGGCAUGUGGGGUGCCUGCUUGGGCACGGUCGGUGCAGAUGGGGACGCUUAUGUCAGUGCUGUUGGCUUCUCACCCGAUGGCAGGACGAUUGCCUCAUCAGGACGCGACUGCAAGAUACGGAUUUGGGACGGGCUGACGAGCGCCCUGCUAUCGGUCCUCUCCGGUCAUUCUGACUGGGUUCGCUCUGUCAAGUAUUCUCUGGACAGUGUUCGCAUAGUUUCUGCUUCCAAUGACAAAACAGUCAAGAUUUGGGACGCCGCGUCUGGCGUGCUUGUCCGCACCCUGGAAGAGCACACAGACUAUGUCCUCUGCGCAGUCUUCACACCUGACGGCAGCCAUAUCGUGUCUGGCUCCAAUGAUCAUUCUCUCAAGAUCUGGGACUCCGGGACAGGCGCCUGCUUGGAAACCCUGGCCGCGCACGAUGACAGGGUCACAUCCAUUGCGGUGUCUCGGGACGGCCGCUGGAUGGCGUCGGGCACGGAGAAACAAGUCUCUCUGUGGAGCCUGGAGGCACCGUCAUACACCCAUCGUGUCGUGGGAACUCCCAAAGGCGAACGCUUCCCUGAUCAUGCUGUUGCCUUCACGCCAAAUAACUCCCAGGUCUUGAUUGCAUCGUACACCAUUGGCUCCAAGUCUGGGAAGCUGUCAGUCUGGGAUGUCGAGACCGCGAAGCACCUCCGCGACCUUUGGCCAUCAGGCCUGUCAUUCGGGCCGAUCUGCAGUCCCAGCUUUUCUUCAACAGGAGACAUGCUUGCUUGUGGAGCGGAUAACACUGUCCUUGUCUGGGACUUUGCUCAUGGCGGGGUUCUACAGGCGUUCUCUGGUCACAGCAAUUGGGUCAUGAGUGUCGCCUAUAACCAAGACGGGACUCGCAUCGCGUCUGGCUCGAGGGAUGGCACUGUCCGGCUGUGGGACGUGACACAGCCCGCGACGCUCAAGCCACAGCCCGACUACGCCAGCAUCCCAGCCAAUCUUUCCAGCGAGAAAUCAACGGGUUACUCCUCAGUCAUUUUCUCCCACAACGCGCUGGGGCGUGCGCUGUUAGUUUCCAACGACAGGUCCAGUACCAGUAUCGAGGUGGUGAAGACUGAUUCGUGGGACCGCGCAUGCAAGCCUCUGACCGUGCCCUCGGAACACCGGCACUACGUAGCGUUUUCACCAGACGGUGCAACGAUCCUUACUGCAUCGGAGGGAUAUCAUGGCGUGGUGGCUCUCUGGGACGCUGCUUCCGGGUCGCCGCGUCUCCAGCUUCAAGCUCACGGCUGGCUGGAGUUUGCGCACUGGUCCCCUACUUUCGAGGACAUCUUCAUGUGGAGUGGCGUCUUGGGCUACACGCCCCACUGCUUCGGCGGCCAGUCGUCGUCGCUAAUGUUCUCGCAAGAUAGCCGCCACCUGUUCAUGCCGCAUUCCUACACCGCUUUUCUCUGGGACAUUGCGACAGGCAAACUCAUUCGAGACUUUUCCGGACAUAUGUUUAGUGUUCGCUCCGUCGCCUUCUCGCUGGACGGCAGACGUAUUGCAACAGGCUCCUGGAAUGGGAUUGUCGUCAUUUCGGAUGUUGCGAUCGGAGCAUCUCUGGAGACACGUAGGAGCCAUGGGGGCUCGGUUCACUCCAUCGCCUUCUCUCCCAAUGGAGAUCGUGUUGUGUCCGCAGGCCUUGACAAUGUUAUUCUGGUGUGGAAUGCAGAGGGAGGGGGGCUGCUCCGGGAGCUGGAGGGGCAUCCCCACAUGUUAUGCUCGGUCGCCUUUGCUCCCGGCGGGGACGUCAUCAUCUCCUCCUCGGUUGACAGAACCAUGCAACUCUGGGACGCCGAAUCCGGCGCUUGUCUCCUUGUUCUGCGCCCAAAUACCUGGUACCGCACCCUACAUCUGUCCCCCGACGGCUCCGGAGUCCUAGUCGACAACGAUAAACGACUUGUUCAGCUGUGGGCCCCCCUCGAUGCAGCCGCGCAGGUGACCACCCCGCUCCCGUGGCUUCCGCGUCGCACCUGGCCUAUAUAUUACAUCGAAGACGACUGGAUCUUCUCUUUGACGCCGUCUCGGCGGACCCGGUUGUGUUGGAUUCCACUAGACUGGCAACGCGAGGGCUUCGCGGGAUAUUGUGGACACGAUGUGGUGUUCAAGAGCGGGUAUAAGCUGAAUUUCUCAGGAUUGAAUAGGUACCUAGAUAGCUUGCACAGUACUCGCACGUAAUAGUGUAUUUAGGAUGCUGUAGACCUUCGUGCAUAUUUGGAGCAUAGUUUCAGUAGUACAAGGGAUAUGUUGUCUCCAAAGCAAAUGUAUUAUAGAUGUACGCCAUC